UGGUUGUUAAGCAGACAUGGUUCUCGAUGGGAUUGUAUCUUCACCAUUAAGGAGACCACAGUCACUAAAGAAACAGUGGGAAGAGUUGGGUAGCUGCUCCACGGUUAUUCAGAGGCAUCGAUAUCUCUUAACAGCAUUGCUUCUUUUGGCAUUCCUCUGCACUGUUUAUCUCUACUUUGCAGUCACUUUAGGCGCUAAGCACUCAUCUUGCUACGGCUUGACCGGCAAAGAGAAGGCAAUUUGUCAGUUACAGCAUGUCCAAGCUAUCUCCAAAGGGAAGCUGAAAUUCUUCUAGAGUGUCAUCGGCCAAGGCUGAUACCCAUUAUUGCUCUUGUAUUAAAACAUUCUUUUUAUUAAUUCUAUAAUGCAAUGUGUAUGUGUGUUAUUAUUAUAUGGUGAAAAACAAGAGAUUUACACUUGAAAGAUAAAAACAUUUAUUUUCAUCAUGGCAUGAACAAAUCAAAAAGGGAGUUUCUACA